CUUUACCCACAAUGCACGCCUUCCAUUCCGUCCUUCCGACUUCCGCCUCAGCGUUUCGAGACGAUGGCCCCAACCAAAAAGGGUGAAAAGAAGAAAGGGCGUUCUGCCAUCAACGAGGUGGUGACCAGAGAGUACACCAUCAAUAUACACAAGCGUAUCCAUGGAGUGGGAUUCAAGAAGAGGGCCCCCCGCGCCAUCAAUGAAAUCCGCAAGUUUGCAGUGAAAGAGAUGGGAACACCCGAUGUCCGUAUUGACACUCGCCUCAACAAGGCAGUGUGGAGCAAGGGGAUCAGGAACGUGCCGUACAGAAUACGUGUUCGACUGUCCAGGAAACGAAAUGAGGAUGAGGAUUCCCCCAACAAACUGUACACCCUGGUGACAUAUGUUCCAGUCACCACAUGCAAAGGUCUGCAGACAGUCAAUGUUGAUGAAAACUAAACAUGCGUGAGUGGAUUAAACACAAUAAAAAGAAUUGUUGUAUCUA